AUGGCUCUCACGRAAGCUGAGGACUURAGGRUUAGUUCAGAACUGUAUGAAGCUGUGACAUAUGGAAUGGACGCCAAAGUUAUAGAUAUAUGUGCAAUCAUUCCAAAGGGUCCUUUGCAUACACCCACAGUUCAUGAUGACACAGUCCUCAGUUUAGCUACGAACCUCAAGAACAAUGAUCUAGCCCUACGCCUCCUUGAUAUGGUGCCUAUGUGCGAUUCCCACAAGCUCACUUUUCAAAAUACUGGUGGACACACCAUGCUCCAUGAGACUGGGAUCAGCAACAAGACCGUUGCGGCUGCAGCCGAGAUGUUACGCAGGGCUCCUAYGCUGCUCAGCAUGACCAACAGACUCGGAGAGACGGCUUUGUUCACUGCGGCUGUGAAUGGGAAGACGAAAAUCUUCAAGUUUCUUCAUGGUGAAGUCUGUAGAACAACUCAAGGACCAGAAUUGAAAACUUUUCUUCAAAGGGAUGAUAAAUCUACCAUUCUCCAUAGAGCUAUCCUUAGUAGAAACUACUGGAUAGCUCAUGAGAUUGCAGUGAAACAUGAACAUCUGAUUCAUGAGAAGGAUGGAGAUGAGAUGACACCUCUUCAACUUCUUUCAUGCAGUCCACCAAUAUUUAGUCCAAAAAGCUUCUUCAUGCGCAUGAUAUACAAGGUAAUCAGUCCAGAUUUCGAAGAUACGAGCAGAUCGUUACCAUGGUUACGAAGAAUGCAAAAAGAAAAGCAUCGAUAUGAAUGGGCAAUGAAGCUUGUUAAGCUAUUGGUAAAAGCCGAUACGUCUUGGGAAACGACUGAAUCAUGGAUAAAGAGGGUAAGAUCGACCGUUCAUUUAUAUGGAAGGAAUAAGUCCAAAGCUGAAAAUGAACUGGGUGAUGCACGUAAACCUGACACUCCACUGUUAUUAGCAACCAUCCAUGGUUGUAAAGAGAUCGUCUCGGAAAUACUGAAAGUGUACCCUCAGGCAAUCGAGCAUAUCGAUCAAGAUGGUCGUAACCUUUUAAGUUUGGCGAUCUUGCAUCGACGUAUUGAAAUUCUUGAUCUCGUAGACAACAUGAAGAUUCAAAAGCAAAGAGUGAAAAGAAGAAUUGACAACUAUGGGAACACCUUGCUCCAUUUAGUAGGUGAAAAGGUAGAUAGUCCUUCAGAAGACCUAAAAGGUCCUGCAAUUGUACUCCAAGAGGAUGCACUUCUAUUUGAGAGAGUGAAAGAAUCUUGCACAGCCUAUGACACCAUGAGGCUGAACUUGCAAGGGAAGACAGCAGAAAAGGUGUUCUUCGAAAACAAUAAUAAACUUCGGUCGGAUGCCAAAGAAUGGAUGAGUGAAACUGCGAAAAACUGCUCAAUCGUUGCUGUGCUCAUUGCCACCGUUGCCUUUGCUGCAGCCUAUACUGUACCAGGAGGUCCAGAUUCCAGAACGGGCCAUCCGGUACUUAAAAACCAACCUUUGUUUCUCAUCUUCACCAUAGCUGAUGCAAUCUCGCUCUCAUCAAGUUUAACAUCGGUGAUCAUAUUUCUCAAUAUCGUCACAUCAUCGUUUCAUUUUAAGGAUUUCGAGAAAUCUCUUUUCCAAAAGCUGUAUUUAGGACUUACGCUGCUGAUCAUUUCGGUGGCAAUGAUGAUGGUGGCGUUUGCUGCAACGCUUAUUUUGACCAUCAGCAGCGGGAGGAAAUGGACAGAUAUCACGUUGUACAGCGUUUCAUUCUUCCCGGUGGUUAUUUUCAUAUUCGCAUAUGUUCGAUUAUAUAGACAACUGGUUGGGGCUGUUUAUCGGGCGUUCAAGCAGAUGAUGAGGGUGGGUUGUUUGUGGUAUGACGGUGAGGCCAAACCUACAGCUUCGCCUUACGAACCUCGUUCUCGACAUCAACAUUCUGGUUCUCGCUCACUUGUCUAGGCCUUUUAACUUUUGUGGAUUUGAGCUUGCAUGCUAGUAGACAAU